UGUUCCCUCCCCCGUCAGUCCCUGCUCCUCCCUGUGGCUCUUGGCCUGCUUUGGUCUUUUCUGUUUGGAACCGUAUCCAUUCAUACUUGUUGAUCACUCAGGUGAAGCAAAACUAGAGGGUUAACUCCUAGAAGGGUGACUCUCUCUGGUUUGAACACCCCAACAGCAUGUUUGCCUUGUCCCCAAAUGCAUGACUUUCCUCUUGCCAUCUGUGACUUUCCUGUUCAUCCUGAGAAACCCUCAUCUUUCCAGGAGGGAAAAGGAGCCAGGUACGCCUGGGAACAGGGAGCCCUGGGCCUGCGCACCUGCCUCUACACACCCCUCGCAGAGUCCUCUGGGUUCUCAUGGCCUGCCCAGUCACAGUGUUUUCUUACAACUGGACAUGCCCACCUCCCCCGCCCCCCGCAGUGUUCUGGGAAGCUUAGUCACUCAGCAGAGAUCUUUACUGAACACCUUCUCUGCAUCAGGUGAGGUCCCAAGCACCGGGGCUACAGUGGGGAAUACAACAGGCACACUCCCUGCUGUCCAGGACCCCCAUCUAGUAGGAGACACAGAGCGUGAGCUGACACAUCAGCAGAGAAGAGUACAGACUGCUUUGUGCAGUGAGGGGCAUGAGCAGAGAGAUGAGGGAGGAAACAACUUGCAGGAACAAAGUAGAUCGGAUGCCAGGAGGGCAACUUUAAGCUGAGACAGGGUGCAAGAGAGCCAGCCAGCAGAGAGGCAGAAAGAAUGUGGUUCCUCCCCACUGCAGGCUCGUGGAGGAGUUCAUGCUCUUGGCCAACAUGGCCGUGGCCCACAGGAUCCAUCGCGCCUUCCCAGAGCGAGCCCUGCUGCGGCGGCACCCCCCACCCCAGACCAAGAUGCUCAGUGACCUCGUGGAAUUCUGUGACCAAAUGGGGUUGCCCAUGGACUUCAGCUCUGCAGGGGCCCUCAACUCUGACCGAAACAUUUGGAGAUGACAAGUACUCACUGGCCCGGAAGGAGGUGCUCACCAACAUGUGCUCCCGGCCCAUGCAGAUGGCCCUGUACUUCUGCUCGGGAGUGCUGCAGGACCAGGCUCAGUUCCGCCACUACGCCCUCAACGUGCUGCUGUACACGCACUUCACCUCUCCCAUCCGCCGCUUCGCUGAUGUCUUGGUGCAUCGCUUCCUGGCCACCACGCUGGGUAAGGGGUGCAAGACGGGGGCAGUGCCGGCCUGUGCCCAGCUAAGGGCUACCCAUCUCCAGAGUGGGUGCCCGGCGGCCAGAGGCCAUACUGCCACGACUGUACAAGCCAAGAGGGGUGGGCAGCCCAAGCAGCGGGAAAGCGUGUGCCCAGCAUCACUCCUUCUGUGAGCAUGUGCUGGGGCUUAAG